AUAAAUUUAAAUUUCCUUUCGGAACACGAUUGCCUGCUUGAGGCUGGAACGGUGAAUAAUGUUAGGUUUGAAGAAACGCGAUAUGUAUAUUUUAUAUGUUUUCCUUUCAAUUUUUAUCGGAGUGAGCUAUUCGAUGGAUUCAAAAUGUGGUUGCAAGUCGUUGCGGCCUUGCUACGCGAAGAUGUUGCGUAUUCUCCUAGACAGGGACGAGGCAGCUUGUAUCGAGGAUGCAGCUAUAGGCGCCAGUACUGUCACCAUAUUCCUGAAAGCCAUCAAGGAGUACUGCAGCGAAGUAGUGAAUGUGAUCAGUGACGACAUGACGUAUGAAGGACGACAUUUAUAUGAGGUGAUAAUAAACAGUAAUAAAGGGGCUCCAAGAGCUGAUGAUGACCCAAUGAAGCCCGUCUUCAUCAUAGAAGCUGGUCAGCAAGGAGGCACCGAGCCGGUGGGGCUUGCGUUGUAUGUGGUGGAGCAGCUGGUGGCCUGCGAGGAGUAUGAGUCGAUGCUGCAGAAAGUCACCUGGGUCAUCUUACCCUGCACCAACCCUGAUGGUCAAGAGUACUCCAGAUAUAGCCAAAUUCCCUGGAAAAAGAAUCUCAGGCCUUCAGAGGACCAACUGAGCUACGGUGUCGACAUAACUAGAAAUUUUGACAACCAAUGGGGUUCUUGUGCGAAAGUCGAAUCCAGUUUCUCACCAAUUUACCCUGGCCCUUCGCCCGCUUCAGAGAAUGAGACAAUUUUCAUAAAAAGUGUAAUAGCGAAAUACAAGAAAGAAGCAAAAGUGUAUCUGUCCAUUAGACGUGACGGACACGCCUUACAUUAUCCUUACGGGUAUACAAAGAACCCACCUGUGAACAUACAUUUAAUAUAUAAGAUUGCUGCAGAGGUGACCACGAGAGUCAACCAGCGCACCGGCGGCGUGCACCUGUUCGUCAACGAGAGCGUGUUCGAUUCGGAGAGCAAGGCGCACUGCGGCCACAGCGUGGACUACGCGUACGACUCUGGCAUAAGUUUGUCUUUCGAGAUGCGCGUCUUCCUCGGCUCCGACAACCGCAUUAUGGCCAAGUUCCAACCGUUGCCGCGCGGCUACGAGACCUCGCUCCGAAACGGAUAUUUUAGCGGCAUUAGAGAAAUGUAUACCUGUCUAACUACCAUGAGAAAACACGGUAGAAUGGUAUAAUAAACCUUGUUUUUAUAAAACGUUAA